CUCGGGCUGCAGGGUCAUCUGCCGCCUUUGGGCUCCGGGCACCUGCGCUCACGCGCACGAACCCGCACAGACACGUCGGUAAGAGACACAGAGAGGCCAUUUACUCGGAGGGCGCAUGACGUGCCGGAGGGGCCGAGCCCGGGGCCGCGGCGGCGGAAGGAAGCGCGGGCGCAGGCCAGGCUCGGCGGAGGGUGUGAGCCGGGGGGAGGAGCCUGCGCGGCCGGGCUGCGGGCGCAGCGGCCCAGCCAUGUCCGCCGAGGAGGUGGUGCAGAUCCGCCUGGAAGGCCGAUGCUACCCGGUGAGCAAGAGCAAGCUGAUCGAACAAAGCGACUACUUCCGCGCGCUCUACCGCUCCGGCAUGCGCGAGGCCGUGCGGCCCGAGGCCGGCCCCGAGGUGCAGCAGCUGCGCGGCCUGAGCGCGCCGGGCCUGCGGCUGGUGCUGGACUUCAUCAACGCGGGCGGCGCGCACGAGGGCUGGGGCCUGGGCGAGGACGAGCUGGCCGAGGCCAGCGUGCUGGACGAGCUGGUGGAGGCCGCGUCCUUCCUGCAGGUCACGGCGCUGCUGCGCCUGCUGCUGUCGCAUGUGCGUCUGGGCAACUGCUUGGAGCUGUACCGCCUGGCUCAGGUGUACGGGCUGCCCGACCUGCAGGACGCCUGCCUGCGCUUCAUGGCCCUGCGCUUCCACCAGGUGCUGUGCCAGCCGCAGUUCCCGCUGCUGCUGUCGCCGCCGCAGGCCCCCGGGGACUGUAGCCUGAAGCAGAGGCUGAGGGAGGCCCGCAUGCGCGGGACCCCGGUCCUGGUGGCCCUGGGGGACUUCCUCGGGGGACCCCUGGCCCCGCACCCGUAUCAGGGGGAACCCCCGUCCAUGCUUAGGUACGAGGAGACCACGGAACGCUGGUUCCCGCUGGCCAACAACCUGCCCCCCGACCUGGUGAACGUCAGGGGCUACGGCUCAGCCAUCUUGGACAACUACCUCUUCAUCGUGGGCGGGUACAGGAUCACUAGCCAGGAGAUCUCGGCCGCGCACUCCUACAACCCCACCACCAACGAGUGGCUGCAGGUGGCCUCCAUGAACCAGAAGCGCUCUAACUUCAAACUCGUGGCUGUCAGUUCAAAGCUCUACGCUAUCGGUGGGCAGGCUGUGUCCAACGUGGAGUGCUAUAGUCCUGAGCAGGAUGCAUGGAAUUUCGUGGCUCCCCUGCCAAACCCUCUGGCUGAGUUUUCUGCAUGCGAGUGCAAGGGGAAGAUUUACGUCAUCGGUGGCUAUACCACCCGAGAUCGCAACAUGAACAUCCUGCAGUAUUGCCCCUCUUCUGACCUCUGGACGCUGUUUGAGACCUGUGAUGUCCAUAUCCGCAAGCAGCAGAUGGUGUCUGUGGAGGAGACCAUCUACAUUGUGGGUGGCUGUCUCCAUGAACUGGGUCCCAACCGCAGGAGCAGCCAGAGUGAGGACAUGCUCACCGUGCAGUCCUAUAACACGGUCACUCGGCAGUGGCUCUACCUGAAAGAGAACACGUCCAAAUCGGGCCUGAACUUGACGUGUGCACUGCACAAUGAUGGCAUCUACAUCAUGAGCAGGGACGUCACUCUGUCCACCAGCUUGGAGCACCGAGUGUUUCUCAAGUACAACAUCUUUGCAGACAGCUGGGAAGCCUUCCGGCGGUUCCCGGCCUUCGGACAUAACUUGUUGAUUUCCUCUCUCUAUCUACCCAAUAAAGCAGAGACCUGAGUGAUCCAACAGUAUUUAAAAGAAAGAUCUGGUUCAAGGAAAAAAAAAAAGGCAACUCUUUGAAAUACUGAUCCCUGAGGGGACAAAGUAGACUAACGUAGGUCACGUACGUAGGAGGCUCAGCUGUAAAUAAGCUUUCUUGAGCUAAUUACUUGAAAACUUGGGGGAAAGAAACCAACAUUAUUUCUUAUAGGUUGUUUUUUACAUCAUGGGAACAAAUGUCAUGAUAAGUAUUCAUCCAAACAGUCUUGGGCCAACAACUAAAACCCAACAUUAAAAAGUAGACUGCUGGGGUCGCUCCUCCAGGAACAAGGUCAACGGCUGACCUGAUAGUAGCCAUGGUUUUGUUCUGUGUUUCCCCCACUGCAGGUGGAACCUAGGGCCUCACGCUAGACCCGUAAAGAUUACUUUAAAAUACUGUUUCUUCAGGUCACCUGAGAUGACAUUAGUAGGGGAUGUUCGGUAUUUCUGACAAGUGUUGGGAGCCACCUCCUCACUCCUCCUGCCUCCUGUCACCCUGUUUUUCUGGUCAACCAUCUUAUUGUAUAUUUGCUUUCAGGAACCCUAACAGGUGUGUCCAAUCUUUUGACAUUUAGACAUUGCACUACCAUUUAUCAAGUUUAUGCACAACUGAGUUACCUUAAAAAAAAAACAAACAAAAAAAAAAACUCUUAUUAAUGUUUUAAGUAAGGUCCUGAUGUUGUGUUGGCUAGAGUUACAGCAUCCUCAGGGGCCCACGAGCUAUGACCACCAUGCCUGAUGCAAUGGUAGAACCAGACAGAGAAUCCACACAACCAACCGGUCUGUCCAAAAACUUGGAUAAGCACCUUCUCAACCACUUGAGAAUGCUGUGUGAACAGACUUGUCAACCCUUACGUUUGUGUGGCAAAUGCAGGUCUACGUGGGUCACAGACCCUGCAUUGUGAGGUCUUUGUUUUAUAAGAUUGCUAUUAACAUUUUAUAAAUUGUGUCUUAAAUGAGGGAGUACCGCAUAAGGAAACAUGCCUUUAUGAGUUAUUUUUAUUGAAUGUAUUGACUUAGAUCUUGUUUCAAGAUUUAAAAUAAAAAACAAAACAACAAACUUUGCACAUUUAGAUGAGGACUCCUCCUAACUUAGUCUCAGAUGUGUAGUUACGUUCUGCCUUUCAAAGGCGAGGGUAGCUGUAGCUCAUUUAUGCUGGAAAGCAGGGGUGAGGUUCUUUACGGAUAUGGAAUGACCUCUGCUGGUGUGUCUGAACUGAGGGGAGGUGCUGGCCUCCUGGCUCUCAUGCCAACAGCCGUGAACAGCUCUGGGGAUUUCACCAAGUCUGUUCACAAUGAAAAAAAGAACCUGCCAAUCAUGGGUCUGUGUUUCCUAAAAAAUUCAAGGGCCCACUUAGAAUGCACGAGAGGCCCCAGGUUUAAUCUCCAGCACUUACAGCAACAAGGCCUCACUCAUAGGAGUUUUGAUUGGAGACCAUUUGCUAUAACCAGCUGCUAUCUUGUAGUGGAGUUAGCUAAACGAGCCGGACUCCAUCUCUGCCCCAGCAUCAGACAGAGGCAGUGAGUGCCCUUUCAGUGACAGCCGCCUUGCUUAGUUAAGAAAGCUCCAUAGCAAAACAAAAACUACAGGCAGAUUCGUUCCUCACAAAGCUGCUCUCCCAGUGGCUGGUCAUGGGGGGAAUGAACUCCCCCCCAAGUAGGUCUUCAGUGUCAUGAGGGAGUCACUUCAGGGUUUCUUUACAGCCAUGCCUCCCAGAGAGCCUAGUUAUAAAAAUCUUAUUUGCCCAACUAUUUGAAAGUUCUGUGUUCGAGGCCAGCCUGGUCUAUUUGGGACAUGGUGACAGAUCUCAGUGUCUUGUCACCAGAUCUACCAGUAGCUGUCAAUCAGUAGCCUGCUUAUGCUAUUGGAAGCUUGCAGGCUGUUGCCUUAGAGCCCAGGAUAACCCCAAACUCGGGAUUCUCAGCUCAGCUCCCCAGUGCUGGGAUUGAAGGCCUCUUGCAACCAUGGCUUCCUUCCUUUAUUAUUUUUAAAUUGUUUCACUGGGUUAUUUUCAAAAAACAAAAACUCUGAACUGAAAUCUUCACCAAAAAUGGUAUUUAAAUAGAUUUGAUCUAUAAUUAAUUGAAGAAUUGAAUUUGGGGGAGUCUGUAGUUUCAUUAGUGCACUUUAAAAUCUAAUUUAUGUUUGCCACCGUGGCUCUUCACUUUCUCACCAUAUGCACCUCAUAUUCAGAGGAGAUGGGCGAUUAUCUUGUGAGAAAAUACAUCUUAAAAGUACAUUUGUGUGUCUGCCCGUCAACCAGUUCUCUUCCUAAGGGCCAUCUUUGGAUGUAUUUCCUGACACCAGCAACUAGAUUCUUGGACCAAAUGGACUUGUACUACUAUCAUCCACAAACUCUUAGCAACUGGGCUUAGAAUGUCGUUGUCCUUGUCCUGUCUGUGGAUAUGAGGAUUUAGAUGCACAGGCGACUCCCAACAGAAUGUCGUUGCCCUUGCUGCCAGCUGUGCUUGGGGAAGGGAGGCAUGUCGUAGGACUGGCUGGUUUCUGUGACAUCUGUCUGCCUGUGCCCUCACCUGUGUGGGCACUUCUAGUUUGGCUGGUACCAGAUGACAGUGUCCCUGGAACCCCUCCCUUCUUCAGGCAGCGCCGUGUGGGAUGUUUUUAUUUGUUUUCUUCCCAUUCUUUAUUGCCUUAUCCACCCCCAGAUGCCUCUGAGGGGUUCAGACUGUGUCAGGAAGUGUCGGGUGGGAGCUGCCUGCCAGAGCCUUUAUUUCACAGGCUCGUGUCAGUGGAAGAGUCUGGAGUGAGGGUUGGUGGAAGGUGUUUGCUCCCUGACCUCAGCACUCCUUCAAGAGGCUUCUCACCUUGGUACCCUGGAAAGGUUCUGGGAUGUGUGAGAAUCCGUAGUUUCUGCAUUCUGCACUAAGAUGUAGCAUCAGAGUCUGGAAGGCUGGGGUGCUGGCAGGAGACAAAAGGCUUAAGACUAAGCACGAAACCAAAGAGACUUUGACCCUGCUGUUUUCUGUUUUGUUUUGUUUCUAAAGCCAAGAACCCGAGCGACUCCAAAUGCCUUAGGUUUUCAUUCAAGCUGAGUGAGGGAGAGGUGCUGCAUCUCUCUACCCAGAAUGUAGAGGCAAACGUGUCCUUGUACUAAUGUUUAUAGUGCAUUAGGGGUGUGGUCUUCAGAUUUCCAGUGAAAGUUCAAGCCUGUUUGGCCAAAGACGUAAAUAGGAGGUGCUCUGUUGUCUUUGUCAAAGGGUGUUUAGUGAGCAUGCUUAGCACUCAAUAACCUGACCUGAGGGUCUGCUGAAGGCUGCCGCUUGUUCUUGGACCACGAGUAGGGACUAUGAGGUAUGUGCCCCUCCCUCUCUGCCAGGGUUCAGUGAUACCAGACAUCCCUGCCAGCCUGUCAGAGUGGAAUGGAUACUAGUUCCCUCUCCUGCUUCAGAGACAGUGGCCACGAAGGGAGCCAUGAUCUCUGGAAGCAGUGAGCUGUGUCAACUCUGUUCCCCGGGUGACCAGAAACACCUGAGUGUCAGUGCAAGACAGUGCUGAGCCCGGAGACUGACCGAGCCUGGUCCCUGUGACAGACAGUGCACUCUCAUGUCAACCAGAGUGCCAUCAAAGAUGCCCAUUUUAGUCGGGCACACUGGGCUCGGUCUGGCCACCUCUUGCAUCUUGGCCCAAUCUUCCCAGUGCCUCAUGAUUUAGAAUAAUCCUGAGAGCUGGUUUGUCCAUAAAUCUGAACACCGCAUCCAAUGUUUCAGUUUUUUACUAUAUGCUUUUUGAAACAUUAACUACUUUUUAUAAUCCUUGCACUUCAUAGUUUGUGAAAACAAAAAAAUGACGUGGAGUCUGUUUUAUUUAGAAUUCACUCAGCACUGUAGCCCCACAGAUGGUUCUAAUGAGGGAGAAGGGAGGCACUUGGGUAAGGGCUUGGCGUGAGCAAGCUCAGCGCUGGUCCGUUUGGGCCUGUGCCUUCAAAGCAUUCCAGUGGGAGAACUCGGCAAUGCUCCCUCAGACACUGCCCACUGAUUGGUUGAGUCUGCCUUGCUGGUGACUACGCUCCAUGUACAUGUUUGCUUUCCACUUUCUCUUGUUAGUCUGAGAACACAACAGCUUGACACAGCCAUGGUCACCCAUUCCUACAGGAAGCUCAUGAAAUGUAAAAGAGGGUCCGUUCCGAAGAGCCUAGGGUGCUUCGUGUUUCCGUAGGUCUGGUUGGUGCUUCGCAUAGUCUGUCACGGGCAAAGCAAAGGGAAAUGCGAUUUGCAUUCUCCGUCACUUCAGAGUGGGCACUGCACUGCCCUCCAGCCUUCUCUUACCUAGUUGUCAUUUUAUGGAAAGAAUAAUCUUCAAGUUAUGUUCUUUGUGACGGACACCUUCUUUGUUUGAAAGGUUGUAUUGAGUCCAUAGUUUGGAGUGUGGAAUAAACACACACGUUAACAUUGUCACAUAACCACAACAAUGAUUGUGUCGGGCACCUGUGAGCCACAGAGCUGUAUUCAUUUUGUUUCUUUGGACUAUGGAAGGAAACGUCUUCAAAUAAAAUAGUUCUCGGUCAGUU